AUGAUGAAUAGCGGGCGCGGGUCGCCCCCGUCGCUAUUGUCGUCGGAUGGUGAAGGGUACAGUACUACUCGUGGCGGCGUCGUGGCGAACACAUCACGCUUCAGCCGCACCGACAGCGGCAAUCUGAUGAUUGGGGCGCACACACCAACGCUCGAGAGGCGGUUGAAGAGCAGAGGUGGCAACGGCACCACUGGCGAUGCAGUGAGACCCACGGGGCUCGGCAUCACGCGUGGCCUUUUGGCACCGCGGCAUUCGUCCACCUCCUGCACGGAAGGCAAACUGCGACACCGUGCCUCAACAUACGAUCCCCUUAGCAAGAAGCGUAGCGGCCUAGCGGAGUAUGACGCGGGUGUUGCCCAAGCGAUGGUAAACACAGCGCACCAUAUGGAGCAAAUUGACCGCCUGCGCCGUCGGUCUCUUUUCUCCACCUUUGGCGGGGUUGUUUCCCAUGCGGAGUAUCAUCGUUGCCAUUAUCGCAGGGGCCCCAGCCGUAGCCCAUCACAACAUCUUAGAGAACCUCCCACGUCGUUCCCGUCCACUCUUUUGCCUGAAACGCAGGGAGAGAGAGAUCGGAAACGGUCUGGAUUGCGGGACGAACCGGUGAUUCUGGCAUUGGAAACUGAGAGACCACUGCCCGUGUCACCAGUGCCGCUCAAUCGCGGCAGAGAUCUCGCGCUUGUGCCGAUUGUAUCACCCAGUGAUACAGUGAAAAGGGCGAUGACAUCGAGUGGUAGUAGUGAAUACACUCCACGGGGUGCAGAGCCAGUGACGUGGGGCAUGGAGCGCGCUUCGAUGAACGCUGGUCGUGGUGACGCCAUGCUGCACAGGGUGGGCAGCAAUAGAGCGGGCUCUGCGACGGCAGAUUGGCGGGAGAGUAGCGGGCCUGUUAUGCCGACUCCUGUUCCCGUUGGCCCGACAUUGCACCACAAACAACUUACAGAGGCGUUUUACGGGAACUACACAAGUGGCUUGCUUGCACAUGAGGCGUAUAUGCACUUUAUGGCGGACAUGAAUCGGCUGCGACUAGGAAGUGGAGGUGUUGUACCUCGUCAUCGUCAUCGUCAUCGUCAUCGUCAGCAACAAAAGGAGCGGCAUCAAUCCACAGCGGAUCGUCUACAGAAACGCAACCUCCCAUUAGAACAUCUUGAGAGGGACGAGAUUGCCACGUGGUCGGCCUCUGUCACCCCGCAUCCGAAAUGCCUGUGA